CGGGCUCUCCCUGGGUACCGCUGGAGUUAGGGAUCAGAGGUGUGGGAGGUGACACCAGGCACCAACCUGCCUGCCUGCCUUGCCUGUGCCGCUGCAGCCACCUGCCUGCCCCUUGCAGCCCCCGCUCGCCCCGGCGUUAGCUCGCUCGCUCCCUCAGUCUCCGCCUCAGCUAUGCCGUCCCGGGCACAAGCGCUCGCCCUUUACAUGCGAUUCGGAUGCAUAGUCACCCUCGGAUGGGCAGAGUUGAACACCGAGUGCUACACUGCCAAUGGUGCCGACUAUCGAGGCUGUCAAAAUCGAACGUCGGACCAAGGAGGAAAACCCUGCUUGUUUUGGAGUGAAACUUUCCAACAUCCGUACAACACCCUCAAGUACCCCAAUGAGGAAGGAGGCCUCGGCAAUCAUAACUAUUGCAGGAACCCUGACAAUGACGUGAGGCCAUGGUGCUACAUUGCUGAGCAUGAAGAUGGCGUGUACUGGAAAUACUGCGACAUAUCGACAUGUCACAUGCCCGGCUACCUCGGAUGCUUUAAAGACAAUGGUGACCCCCCACCAUUAUCAGGGAGCAGUGAGACAUCGAACAAACUGACCAUCCAGACCUGCAUUAAGUUCUGCAGGAAUAAGAGGUUUAAGCUCGCUGGCAUGGAGUCAGGCUACGCAUGUUUCUGUGGGAAUGAUGCUGAUUACUGGAGACAUGGGGAGGCGAACAGCACAGAAUGUAACCACGUGUGCUUUGGUGAUCAUACUCAGCCCUGUGGAGGAGAUGGCAGGAUAAACAUCUUUGACGCAAUGAUUGGGGCCUGCGGUGGGAAUUAUUCAAUGGAUGCUGGGAUCAUUUACUCUCCUGAUUUCCCUGACAACUAUGCGAGUGGCAGAGUGUGUUACUGGACCAUUCAGGUGCCAGGUGCUUCUCUCAUUCAAUUUGACUUCACCUUGUUUGACAUCAGGGACUCGAGUGACAUGGUGGAGUUUCUGGAUGGAAGCAGCAACAAUGUUCUCGCCAGGUUCGAUGGGAGAAACCGGCCUCAUGACAGUCUGAAUGUGUCGGCCAGCUUUGUGAUUCUGUACUUUUACUCGGACCGGGUUAACCAGGCUGAAGGCUUUGCUGUCCUGUACAAAGCCAUUAAAGACGAGCCCCAAACGCAGCCUCCAGCGAACAAGAACGAUCUAAAUAUGUCUGACGUGUUAAUCGAGAAGGUGGGCUCUGGGACCAAUGUGGCACGGUCUUCAAAGAUUCUCUACUUCAUCACAGCGAGUCCCAGCCAACCAAACCAGAACAUGCCAGUGUGGACUAUCUAUGCCUUGGCAGGCCUAUUGACAUUGACUGUGAUAGCAAUGGUUUCAAAGAUUCUCCUCCAUCUAACAAUAAAGUCUCGAAGAAUUCCUGCACAAAACAGUUCAGAGAACUGCAACCCGCAAUCCCCUUCUGAACCCUGGGUCAUCACCUACAAACCUUCAACUAUUCUGUUUUUUAAGAAAAAGCUGAAGGAUCAACAUGGAGAUCGAAGUCCACUGGUGGGUGACUAAACUACUGCAGCCACAAAGACCAAGCACCCCAACAACUAUCGCCACUCGUCCUCGAUAUGAAAACUCCUUUAAAUUAUCUUUCAGUUGCAACAUACAGCACUUUGAUACCUCAGUGUGAAGGUGACUUUAAGACCACUGUAUUGAGUACUUCACAAUGGACGCAGGGAUUAUAGCAUGUCAUUAGAGCCACCAUCAGACCAGUUGGCGAGAGUCUCCAAAGCAAGUGUCCGAUAAAAGUACACAAGAUUGGCAACUUUAGUACAAGGAUGUUCUUACAGGUCAACAAGCAGGAAGCUGCCAAUCAGUACGGCAUCAGCCUUUAUUUGCCCGAAACUACUGGGCUCCAAUUUCAUCUGGGUCUCAGAAUCUUGGAACCUGAUAGAAAUGUGUAUCAUGUCAACUUUCUAGCAAGGCCACUUGUGCAAAUGAAUUCUCCAUCCAAUCGGUGUGAAGAGUGUUCAGCCCUUCCAACCAUGCUCUGUUUACUGCUCAACUCUACGGGUGAUUUCUUAACAGUUGCAGCAGAUUGAAAUGCUUUCACACUAAUCCUGCUCUUAAACUCUCGACUUAACCUACAAUCAAGUUGUGUGGAAAGACAGUAAGUUUUCUGACUGUGAGUAAAAGCCGGAGAAAUUGGCCAUCCCAUUUUAGCCUGCCGAGCCUUUGUAUCAUGGGGCUGAGAUGAUGAUAAGAGAUCAUAGAAAGGAUCCAGGACUGCGUUCUACUCUGUAAAUCCAUAACAGCAAUUCACGCAAAAUAAAGAUCCUUAGGGAUGGGCUUUGUGCAAAAAAUAGUUCCCGGUUUAUGAAAGAUGGCAGUUUGUGAAAGAUUGGCUAUGAGCUGGUAAUGGAUCAGUUUUGUUGGGAGUCCCAGCGUAUGACCAAGCUGAAAGCCUGCACAGGUCUCUCCUGCCUUUUCACAAAACCUUAAAUCCAAACUAUGAUGUGCUGUGUGUAUGCAUAAUUCUAUUUGUAUUUAUUUAUAUUACCUCUGCUCUCUACCACUGAUGAACGCCUCACCUUUCACGUUUGCCUGGUGUACCUGGUGCCCAGUUCACGGUUGUGAAUGACCUCACUCAGGGCACUGGGUUGACAUCCCCUUGGUACAUAUGCAAAGCAUGUAUCAGUUGUUCAGCACCUGUUCCAUUCAUUCCUUCACCACUGGAUGAGAUUGGGAACUCCUUCUACAACGAAUAUUGAUGGAAAAUCUGCACCAUUACCUCUAUGUCAAAGCACUUAUGUAACCAAACCACUGAGACAGAAAAGGACUUUGCAUUGAGUUUUGUUGAUUACAAACAUUAGUAAAUGAGGCAGAUGAUCUAUUGCUCAGGGAGGCAUGAAUAAACCAUAAUCCUAAAAAGAUCUGUACAAUCGGCAGUUCUUGGAGAGCCCAGAGAGAAGAUGGAGGUUCCCAGAUCUAAAUCCCACCAGAAGCUUAUAUCACAAUAAAGUGACCAUUUGUUCUUCUGAUUAUGAAGACAGGUCCAUCAUACUCAAUUGCACCUGUUUCAUGCUUAUCAAGGGACACAUAAGGUUCACCUUUCUGGUCCAUAUAUUCCCAUUGCAGGCCAGCAACUGACUAACUUAACUAGAGGUUCCAAGGUUCAGAUACAUUUAUACCCCUAAUGUCAUCUUGAAUAGAAUUUCAGUGGGAGCUUGGUGCAAGUCAGGGUGUGUACAUGUUUUUUGUUGGUGAAGAACGCUGCUGAUUGUGGGCAGGCAGGGUCAGUACAACACAUCACACCAGAAUAGCACCUGAACACAGAACAGAAUAGUGUCUCCUCACAUCUGAGGUAAAUUAGAGUAUUUGGAGCUCAGGACCAGUCAUGCAUGAAAUUACAGCCUGCUACACCUUACAGACAGACCAAAGCUAAUAAACCUCAGGCUAAAUAACUCAGAUAUCUGCUACAAACAGUCAGCCUUUUCAACACAUCAAAGGCCUAAGGAAAUGUUGCUAGUCGCUAAAAGUCUCUCCUUUUGUUGUAUAUACUGUAUAUUGUGACAGGAUUAAGAAAAAUAUUGUUUUUACCCUGAAGUUACAUUAAUCAUAACACAAUGAAAUUGAGCAAUGAUGUAAUAAAUUAUUUUAUGAGAAAGAUCUGAAUAUAUUUGCAAGCGGUGGCUUUGAGCCAUUGUCUAAUCCGAUUCCAUGAGUGAUGAGAAAUUGACAUGUGCCAGAACUGACCGCAAAGUGCCAGAAUCUUCCGAUGUCACCUUCUGGCUUUGCAGAGGUUGAUGUAGGAGCCCAGACGCACCAAGAUAAAACACAGUGGGGAAAUGAAACAAGAUCUGCCUCGGAUGCUCAAUGUGAAUUAUAUUCAACAAAAGGUUUGAAAAGCAUAUCAACAAUGCAAACAAGAACAGUGCUUCCUUGAUAACCCCAAUGCACAGGUGUGUAUGUCACUGUAGAAGACAAUACAAUUGUCGGUCCAAAACAAGCAGGUAUAUAAAAUGUAUCUCACUGUAUGUCAAGACUACAGUCCAAAAUGCUAGUCCAAAAUGAGAAGUGGUAUUUAAUGUUCAGGAACCCCCCCCCCCACCACUUAAACAGGUUAGUCGGGGUAAAAAUGAACGGGGUGAAAGUGCAGAGCCACUCAGGAACAUGGUUUGGAUCAUUCCUUUUUUGUCUGCUUCCUGUAAGUGACUUGAAAUUUCUAAGUUGAAUGAUAUCUAGCAAUAAAUGGGAAUGCUCUUGUGAGCUUUAAUUUUGCGCUUUGGAGAAAUAUGCUUUAUAUGGUCAAGUUGUUGUCCAACUCUCAAAAAUGCUUCCUGAAUACGUUUUUCGAGGGUCAUGUGAACAUUAUAAGGUGUCCCAUAUUGCAACACAGGUCUUAGAGUGCUGUUGCGGGUUCCCAUUUGAAGUUAUUCAUCAAUAAUACAUUUUAAUAGUUGUAUUUCCGGAAGGGUUUUUAAUUAUUUUUAGUAGUUAAGUGCGUAUAUGAAUUUUCAAGCUUUUUUAUAAUGAAUGAGUUUGCAGACAAGACAUGUUCUUACAUGCAGCGCUUGCUCUUUCUUUUGCCAAAGCCGGCUUUAAUUAAGGUAAUUGAGCAGAGAUAAUGAAAGUAGAACAAGGUCUUAUCUCUUACUUUGAGUGAGUUGUCUGCUUUCGUCACAUUAAUCUAGGGGAGCAGUUGGAUUUGUUGGAGCAGGUUCAUUGUUUGUAUCAAGAACACGGUGACAAUCUCCUAUUCAUUGCAUUGCAGUUAGGACUCAUGAUUGGUCAUUUCAUUUUUUAUUUGAGAUCAUUGGCCUGCAUUUCCUACAUUGCUUGUUGCUCAAGUUGUCUCCUUCUCGUUAACAGGAUGUUAUUGCCUGGGCUCAACCAGACUUCUCCACUUUAGCUGUUAUUAUGUGAAUAUUGUGACAUUGAUGUGAUCAAGUGGACCAAAUGAUAUAUCCUGUGACAAUCACGUGGCAUUUCUAUCACUGGGGAUGUUGAGCUCAUAAACUGGCCAUUUUUAAGCCAAGAAAUUCAUCAUCGGCGGUCACUCACCGAGUCUGACCGUCCUCUCCUCUCCAUAGGGUCGUCUACUUGUGGGUCUGCAGAUGUCUGUAGAGGCCGAUCCGUGAUCCACACAUCUUGGUGCAACGUGGGCAGUGGAGACUGGCGGUAGUUGGUAGUCGUCGAGCCCCCUUCUCUCUCUCCUUACGGUGCUGUCGCUUUGUCUCUGCGACACGGCGUAGUUCCAUUCCGUUUCAUGCAGCUCCUUCCUGCAUGGAUUUCCUCCAGGAGCGCCUGCCCAGUGCAAUGUGCUCCCAGUUGCUCGAUGUGAUGUGGAAUUUCUGUCAAGCCACUGUACCACAAUUAAUCAUUGACUGUUUUAUAUCAAUUCAACUUGGGUUGCAAUUUCCCCAUCACUCACAUGCAUAGUCUUGUUACUAGUCUGACACUCUAGGAAGAACAUUUAGGCAAUGACAUGGUGCUCUUCCAUUGAGAUUUGAAACCUUCACACUUGUCAGAACCUUAGUAAUAAAUGGAUGAAAUUAAAGUGAUGGGAUUUGGCUGUCACGGUGACACAGCGAGCAGGACUACUGCCUGGGAACUCCAGUAACCUGUGUUCAAUCAUGACCUCAAGCACUGCCUGGUUGUUGUUGGUUUGUUCUCCCUAUGACCAUGUGACCUCUCCUGAAUGCUCUGAUUAGGUUGGUGGGUUAAUUGGCCAGUGUAAAUCGCUCCUGCUGAAGGUGGUGAUAGAAUCUAGGAUGAAGUGGAGAUAUUGAGGAGUAUGUGGGGAGAAUAGUUACAGGGAGGAUUUUAGUGGGUGGAAUGGGAAUACUCUGUAACCUGGCAAAGGCUCGAUGGCUGAAUGUUCCCUGUCUAUGUCAUGAGAAAAUAUGAAUAUUAAAUUAAAUAGAAAUGUUCUGCAGUCAUAGAUACCUGAAUGAAAGAGAGAAACAGAAUUAAUAUUUGAUUAGAUAGAGAAUCCUAGAGUGAUACAGAGUGGACACAGGCCCUUCGGCACAACAUGCCCAUGCUAAUCAACAUGUCCCAUCUACACUAGUCCCACCUGCCUGAAUCUGGCCUAUAUCUCUCUAAACCUAUCCUGCCCAUGUACCUCUUAUAAUGUUUUUUUGAAACGUUGUGAUCGAACCUGCCUCAACUGGACAAGAAUUCAUGUAUCAAUUCCAGUAAUCCGACAAUUUUUUGCAUUGCUGGUCUAACAGAUUUUCCAGACUAUUGGAUGUUACUCCUACCUUAUACAAUGUUACAUACUUACAUUACACUUUUUAUUCACACAUGUUACAAAGCUGUACACUACAUUUCCCAGUGGAUCUGGUGAGCUUAAUGUAGGGAAAAAAUAUAUAGGCCUUCCAUAAAUCCACCAAUGUUGCUGGCCAAAGCUGCACGGCGGAGAUAACACUUAGGGCACAUACCCUGCCUGCAAUCUUGAUGUGGGCCCAUUUUCCAGACUAAUGAGAUCUGAACCAUCAGGAUCCCUGAAAAAUCAUGGCAGAUUAUCAGAGAGUUAUUGCAUUUUGUGUAUGAACUGCUCAGGAAAAUCUGGAGUUGAAAGGAAAAUCUUGUCUUUAUAUUGUUAAUAACACUCAUUCAAUAGAGUAUUCGGCAACUUGCUGAACCUCCUCAACCCUCUGAGGAUGUUGAGGCACGUGUGAGCUUUCUUUAGGAUUGAAUCAAUGUGUUGAGCUCAGUAGAAUACGCCCAGGAACUUGAAUGCUGUUGACUUUCUCCAUCACAAAUGAUCUGUGUGUUUCGCAGACUUUGCAAUUAUCCUUUAACUUCUGUUUGGGUUUGGGUCACCUGUGUGCUAAAGCACUGUUAAAUACAGAUUAGUGUUGUCAGAUUGAUGACCAGAUGGCCCUGUUUUCCGUGUACAUUUUUUGGAGCCUUUAAUCCAAUUAAUGCACCAGCUCACUUUUCAGUGAGUGCCCUUGGCCACCGUGGGGAAAGCAAACAACAAUGCCUGUCAAAAUUACCAUUAAUCCUGGAUUAAUCUCUGCUUUACAGCACCAGAGACCUGGAUAUGAUCCUGACUACGGGUGUGGUCUGUGCAGGGUUUGUACGUUCUCCCCGUGACCACGUGGGUCUUUACUGGUUUGCUCCGACUUCCUCCACAGUCUGAAGAAAUGCAGGUUUGUAGGUUAAUUGGCGUGAGUAAAUUCCCCCUAGUGUGCAGGGUGUGAAAGUGGGACAACAUAGUGUACUGGGUGAUCGAUGCUUGGUGUAGACUCGACAGGCCAAAGGGCCUGUUUCCACUAUAUCUCUAAAAAUACUGAACUGGGCUGGAAACAGAAGGUACAUUUUAUGUUGACAUUGUAAGACUCAACAUUUUAAAGAUGUAGGAUGGUUGGGGCCAUUUAGAAAUAAUGUUUGAAUUCAAAGCUGUAUUGCAUUCUCUGUUGUGCUAAGAAUCUUUGCCAGGAAUACUGAUCUUUCAGUGGUAUUAUUGGCAUAGCCUUUGCAAUAAGCAAAAAGGGUUUGUGGGGAAAGAAAUUCCUUUCAAAGUUAUCGGAAAAUUGAGUUUUUCCUUGAAAGGCAUUUUCCAAAUGUAAUGUUAAUAUAAAUCCUCCACGACAUUGCCAGACCUUUAAUUCCUGGCAGAGCAUUGUCAAUAAAUGUUUGACACUUACUAUGAAAUAUGACGGGAAUAUAAUGAGAUUGUGAGAUAAAUCUUUCCUGGAUAGAGGUUACAAAAUGUGGAACUUAUUUUAUUGAGAAAUGUGUUUUUGGAUACAAAAAUAUUUCUAAAACAUUUAGAGCUGGAACUUAUUUUCAUUUAUACUUGGUCUUGCUUUGGAAGAAGAGACAAAACUGUCUGGUGUAAAUCUGUGUUGUGUAGGGAGAGUUCUUAUGGCUACAUUUAUGUCUCCCAUUCUCCAUUAAGAAAGUGGAAUUAUAUGAAGAUGUUAUAAGCAAUAAUUUGUACAGUAAAUUAUUCCAUUUUUCUAUGUAUAGGAUGUCAAUAUUUACAACCUAAAUUAUGAAGAAUACUGUAGUUUAUUAAAUGUUUUAAUAAAUUUGCAUGUCUUAAAUUGUAAUGUUUUACAGUUUCUACAGCAUCUAAUUCUCCUAUAUUGUACAACUUGAGUAAACAGAACUACACCUUACUCAUUUAAACAUUAACAUUCUGAUGUGAAAGGAAGUUACGGCAUUUUGCACAAUGAAUCGUUAGGAAUUGCCUGUGGUUAUAAAGAUAGAUUCAUCUGUAUUGUUUCACAGGGAGCUGAUUACAUGUCUGGAAGGAAAGAAGGUAGGGAGAGGGUGGUGAGUGAGACUGGCUGGAUUACUUGUCCAUAAAUUGACUGAAUGAGCCAAAUGCCUCUUUCAAUGCUGUAAAUAUUCUCUGAUUCCCCUGAAUCCUAUCAGAGCAGGAAUCUGGAUACACAACAAGCAGUUGCAUGCAAUGUUACAUUGUGUGCAUGUUCUGUGGUAAUCCUUCCUGUUACUCCACAGAAAAAAUAAAAUCUGUGCAAGUCCCAAUUUUUCUUUUGCUUUUGCAUUUUUCCCGUCACUCUUUCCCAAUGAAGACAAUUAAGGAACAUGGUGGGAAAACUCAGAUAAAUCAUCGAAACACAUUAUGGAGGCAACUACUCCUGGACAACGUGUAGAUGAAUCAAUAGAAUCACUCAAAGUAUUUUCCUUUAUCUGUAUAUGACAUUUUUAAUGUCCAAAUCAGUUUAGAAAGAAAAUGUCAAAAAUUAUAACGAUUGCAGUUCCAUCUUUAAUGUUGAACUGACAAUUAUUACUGCAUGCAGUUCAACGCCAUCGUGUAAUAUGUGAAAAAAGGAACAAAGUACUGGAGUAACUCAGCAGAUCAGGCAGCAUCUCUGGAGAACAUGGAUAUGUUGUCCCGACCUGAAACAUCACCUAACCAUGUUCUCUAUAGAUGUUGCCUGACCCACUGAGAUAAUCCAGCACUUAGUGUCCUUUUUUGGUUAACCAACAUCAGCAGUUCCAUGCUAUCACUUGUCGCUUUUUAAAUUAUUGGGCAGAUGGCAAGAAUGUAGUCACUUACAUGAACAUGCAUACAUUUGUUUAGCAUAAUUUGAUCCUGAACUGAAGUAGUAAGGAUCUUCCCUUUGAGGAUAUAUAUAUAUUCCAAACAUCUUAAACAAACACCAGAUGAAAAUCUCAAAGCGUUGUUAUAGAUAAAGAUUACGUUUGAAAUAAUGUUAAGUUUGAAAUCAUUGAAACUUAGGCAUCUAUUUUCAGUAAUUAACUGUACAUUUAAUUCAUUUGGUUCAUUUCAAGGUUGUAGAUUAAGAGACUAUAACCAUGUGCUUCAUGACACACUGAUGGCUACAAUAACGUGUACGGGGCACUAUACGUAGGGAUUGGCCUCCAGUAAGUCUCAAUUCCACUUUGGACACAGUUGUCUUGGGAAAAUUCUGAUCAUGUGUACAAAUCCUGGCAGUACAGUAAGUCUUUCAGAUUCUCCAAUCUUCCUUUUAUGUUUGACAAUAGACAACAGACAAUAGACAAUAGACAACAGACAAUGGGUGCAGGAGUUGGCCAUUUGGCCCUUCGAGCCAGCACCGCCAUUCAAUGUGAUCAUGGCUGAUCAUCCCCAAUCAGUACCCCGUUCCUGCC